AUGGCUGGCAGUCUCGUCGCGCGGCUCGCGCUGCUGCUUGUCGUUGGCAACGCGACGUCGUCGGCUCACACGUCGCUGCGCGUUUUGUGGCCGCCGCCGCACUACCUGAUCGAGACGCCCGAGGUGCCGAUCGUGAUUGCGGUCGAUGGCCCGACCACCGAUGGGCACAUUCGCUUCACAGGAUGCGGCCUGCGGGAUAUGCUUCCCAUCCGGGCGCCCAAAACUACGUUCGGAAACCUCCAUCCCGGGUCGCAUCAUGUUGUGGUGGAGGCCCUUAGCGCCAACUACACACCGAUUAGCGCACCCAUCGUGCUCUACAUUGAGCGCAUCCCGUCCCGUGCGGAGCUGUACCGAGACACGGGACGAUCCAAGAUGGCGCUGCUGGCACUGCCGUCGGCCAAGGCGGCGCGUCCCACUUCAAGGACACUCUGUUUUGGCGUGACAUCGUGGCCAAUGGAUGGUCAAAAGCGGCUUUGGCUGCGGCUCAUCGCGUCCCUUCGAGCGCAUCCAACCGUCGACUACUCGUUCCACAUCUUUCUGCUCGAGCCCAAGCCUGUCCAUCCCACAGACGUCUUUACAGCACACGGCUUGAACGUGACGCACGUGCCCAUGAUGGUCUCACAUAAAGAUAUUGCCCGGUACGACAUCACACACGAAAAGCUGAUAGCCGCGCUCGCCGACUUUGCGGACGCUGACGAUCGAACGACGUUUCUAUCGUACCUUCAUUCGCUCUGGGCAUUGCUCGUUGGUGCCUUUGCGCCGUGCAAAGGAGGAGUUCUGAGCUACCCCAACUCGGGCAGCCACGCCGAUCGAGUCUGGGCGGGUCUAGGUCGUGCUGUCGGCGCUGCAGGUGUCGUUCUCGAGCUCUCGGGCGUGUUGCCUGUGCCGCACACGGUCGAUCUGCUCAUCGGGCCGUCCCAGUACACCCUCGCCCAUCCCAGUGUCGUAAAUGGGAUGCGCGCCGACAUGCGAACGGUGAUUCCGCCCGGCGUUGAUCCAACAAUUUUUGCCCCCCGCGCCCGCAGCCAUACCGAUCGCUGCGUCGUCGUGGGGUAUCUCGGCCGCCUUGUUGCUGAAAAAUCUCUGGGACUCCUUGCACGCGCCGUCGAGCUUCUUACGCAGACGAACAUGACCUCGUCGUGCGUGACCUUCCGCUGGGUCGGGGACGGCAUCGACGCCAAAUACUACAAGCGGUACCCGAUCACGUUUCUCGGAAGCAUCAACGACGAGGCGGCGCUUAUCCACGAGCUCCAGACGUGGGACGUGGCCGUGCAGCCAGGCCUCCAAGAGACAUUUUGCAUCGCCAACUUGGAAGUCAUGGCCGUGGGGUUGCCGCUCGUGACCUUUGGC